AUGCAGAAGAAUACGCAUUCAAGUCACUUUGAACUUCCAUUUCCCAGCGUUCUCACAGUGGCGUUCCAGUCCGCCUCCGAAUUCCUCCAUGUCCAACCUGACACGAAGCUUCACAUUGUUCGCUCGUACCCUGCCCUCCCCGUCAAUUCCGAAACGACGGACGCCAGCGAAAAGAUCACUCUUAUUUUCCUUCACUUCUGGGGAGGCUCAUCCAACACAUGGGCCCCCGUCCGUGAGCUCGUUGCGCCCCAAUUUCCAACCCUGUCCCUGGAUUUCCGCGGCUGGGGUCAAUCCACGGGACCAGACGAUAGGGGCGCGUUCUCCAUCGCCCAUCUCGCCGAUGACGUCGAGGCCGUCAUCACGCACUGCAAGAUUGGACGCUGCAUCGUCGUCGGCCACUCCAUGGGCGCCAAGGUCGCCUCAGCAGUGGCAGGUCGGCGUACCGUCUCUGGUCUGCUCGGUGUGGCACUCGUCGCCCCAGCGCCGCCUACACCACUUGUUCUUCCAGAGACCAUGCGAGAGCAGCAGAUCCACGCGUACGACACGGCACAGAGCGCUGAGUUUGUCGUGCGCAAUGUCCUCUCUGCCGGCGGUCUGUCCGAUGUGACUGUUGAGGCCGUCGUGGCAGAUGCGGUAGGGGGCAGUGAAUGGGCCAAGGCGGGCUGGCUGAACUAUGCCAUGGCGGAGGACGUCGUCAGCCUUGCCAGAGACAUCAGUGUGCCCGUUGCGGUGUAUGCAGGUGGGAAAGAUGUGGUCGAGCCAUUGGCACGUGUUGAGCAGGAGGUCUGCGGGAAUAAUAAAGGGGCUACCUUGGCGGUCCUCCCGGAUUCUGGUCAUCUCAUGCCCCUGGAAUGCCCAGAGGAACUUGGAAGGCACAUUCUGAACUUUGCGAGGAGUGUGACAUGA